GGUCAAGGAUUGUUAUUACGACACCUUUUUUCUUCUUUUAUUUUCCUUCUUUCUUGAAUUUAGCUUUUCCCUCUAUUAAGCCUUCUUCAUUGGCCACAAUGGCCCUGAACCCUGCGUCGAAGCGCAAGACCGCCUACCCAGGCGCACAAAAUAGCUCCGCAGCAACUCGGAAGCGCGCCAAAACGUUCGAUGCCCGUACUCUUGCUGCCCAGUCCGCGGAAUCCGCUCUAUCUGCAUCCGGAGAACUUAAUGUCGCUGCUUAUCUCGAAGCUCGGGAAUUUGAAAUCCGCGCCCUGGAGUCGGGUAUGCAGCGAUCGAAAGCUGCCCUGACAAGUCGCGCGUUCCAGCAAGUACCUCGAUCGUUGAGGAGAAGAACGGCCAGUCACAAUGUAAAGAGAGUACCAAGCAGGUUAAGGACAAGGGCGAAGAGAGAGAUGGCUGAAGAUAACACACCAACCGUGACGGCCCGUCGGAGGAAACCAACAGAGCUCAUGCGCAUCCGCCUCGAGACCGCGAGACGUCUCCAAAACCUCAACUCCAAGACCAAAGCUAAGAGAGCCCAUUCGAAAGCGAAGCGCGAUAAAGAAGACCGGAUGGUGUUGGAAGAGUCAGGCAGUCAUUCCUGUGAUAUUGCCCCGCGUGUUCCUAAAAUCAAGAAAAACAAGCUCUCGCGCCCACAUACGCCGGAAUCGAAAUUUAAGAAGCGCCAAAGAUGUAAGACGUGGCUCCCUACGCACAUGUUUCAUGCAAAACGGGCCCACAUGACUACGUCUAGAAAUCCUUUGUGGCGGUUUGCCAUUCCUUUGUCGCCGACUGAGAAGAGCUAUCGGCCCUCCCAUCGGGCGAAGGGUGCUAGGGGCGCUGUGGCUUGGGAUAUGAGCUAUAUGUCUACCAUUCAGCUUGAGGGCACAGAUGGCGCCUUAGAAAGCGUUUUGAGGGCGGUUGGUGUUGAUGGACAAGAUGUAUGGGGUCCAAAAGGCAAAAAAUGGAGAGCCGGAACGAGAAGUCUGCAAGUGUGGACUUAUGGGCGUGAUGACCAGCGGAAGCCAAUUGCGCCGGUUACCUUGAUUCGAUGUGCUGAGGGAAAGUCGGGAGACGUUGAAAUGAUGGAUAAUACUAACUCUACGAAAAACAAAAAAGCCAAGAAGAAUAUGAAGAAGCUUUUUAUCAGAGUGCACCCGUCCGCAUUCUUACAGCUGUGGAAUGAGUUACUCGAGGUUUCGAAGAGACAGAAUCCUCCUGUUAUGGUUGAGGACCUUCGUUUCGAGAUUGGCAGCAUUGAUAUUACAGGCCCGGGCUCUACUGAAGCUUUAAUUUCGGUGUUGAGGCCGGUCAAGCCGAAAGGAAACGAUGAAUCAUCGGAUAGCCCAGACGCUAUUUGGAAUUCUCUGCUGGGUGUUUCAAACCCUUCAUCUCUCCCGCAGAAUGCCCUCCUUGCAUUUUCCGUUUCUGAUCCUCGCCUUCAUUUCCCACAUAAGACAAUGAAGCCUCCUUUCUCUGACGCAGCGAUGCAAGACUUGGCUAUCACCUUGUCAUCCUGGGCCCCUGAUCAUACGCAAACAGCACCUUCUAUCUUCGACCGUCGCGCUCGCUUAGCUGCUGUACGCCAACUGCCGAGCCAAAAAUCUAUCAACCGGCGACGUACUGACGCUGGGCCUGGUUGUCUACCAGCACAUCAAGAUUCUGACCCGCAGAUUCCAGCUAUGCUUCUUGCAACUCGGCCCAGAUCCCAGUCGAAAGAUAGCAACGCUCCUGGAAGUUGGACUGUCCUCCUCCCCUGGAAGUGCGUCCUUCCCGUGUGGUACGCGUUAAUGUAUUAUCCACUCUCAAGCGGCGGAAAUCCGAGAUUCGGUGGCUUGAAAGAGCUGCAACAGCUUGCCUUUGAAGCGGGAGAACCCUGGUUCCCUGGCGAUUUCCCUGGCACACGUGCUGGUUGGGAAUGGGGGCUAAGUGAGCGCGAACAGGCAAAGAAGGAAUGGGAGCGACGACCUAAAGGUCGGAGAGUUGAAUUCGACAGCCUUGAUCUAGGAGCUGGUCAGAAGGGCGAGAUUGGGCGAGGUUGGGCAUGUGACUGGGAGAAGCUCGUUCAGGGCGAGAGAGCUCCAGGUGUCAGUAAGGCAAAUAAAAAAGUAAAAGUCUCCAAGGCAGAGACGAAAUCUACCACACCGCAAGAUGAGGAAGCCCUUGCGGAUGUUAGCCCGCCGCAGAUCAUUCAUCACUUACAAUCUGCCCAGGCUGGUCGUGCAAUCAAGGACAAGAACCCUAGUAUUGACAAUUCAGCUCUUGCGACAGUGAGAGUAUCCUUAGUGAGCCGAGGUAUUCCUACGCCUCGAUCUCGGAUUUACCGUCUACCUACCACUAAUCAAGAACUCCGUCAAAAAUGGCUUUGUGAAUCAGCUAAGCCGACCAGAGGGACUGAUAUCAAUACACCUGCCCGAACAUCUCCUGUCACUAGUGAAGGCCCUCAGCAGCAACGCCUCGCUGCAUCUCUUCUAUCGGCUCAAUCCAGUACAGAUGCCCAUCAAGAGCACUUGCCUCUCCCAUCGGAAGAAGAUCUUAUUGGCUUUGUGACAACAGGAAACUUCAAUCUCUCUGCUGGGAAGGGCACGGGAAUUGGCUCGAUACAAUUGUCGAAGGUUACCCAAGCAUCUCUUGGACAGUACAAGGCUAGGGAAAGGACCAUGUGCAUUAUCCGGGGUGCAGGUGAGAGGGUAGGAAGACUGGGUUAUUGGGAGCUUGCUUGAAUGUAUGGGUUAUGUAGUCAUUAACGGCUAUGUCGCAUAGCAAAUGAUACCCGGGAUUCUUUUCUUUGUUCAACCAUUUUACCGGACGUGUUUUUCCUCUCUUUUGCUUGUAUAGCCAAAUUACUCCCUACUUG